AUGAGAGGCCUCUUCAGCCAUGUGCUUCUGCUGCUCUGCGUGGUGUUCCCGCGCUUUUCUCAGGCUGAGACACCCCAGCUGUCGAGCUGUGCCGUAUGCCUUCCCCGGUUCAGCUUGAUGUCCGGUGUGAAGUGCGAGCUCCCGUUUGCUAACUGCAAGUGUGCACAACAGCUCAGUUGUCUACUACAAGCCAUGCCCCAGACACCCUGCACUCUUACCAACAACACUUGCCUCUGCACCAACACGGAACUGACAUCCCUUGUCACCGUCUGCCUUCUUGCCAACUGCACCAAUAUUGAGUUGCUAACGACAACAAAUGUGACUUCGAUCAAUUGCGAUGCUCCAAUUCGGAGGAGGCAGCAGUCGUUGAAGGCUACCGCUAUCGCUCUCAGCGUCCUCAGUGGCAUUUUUGUCGCGCUUCGCUGCGGAUACAGAGCCUUCAUCCUCCAUACCAGACUUGAGCCGGACGACUGGUGCAUUAUGGCCACUUCAAUUGUCGCCAUCCCACAGAUCGUCCUCGUGAUACAUGGCACAAUCGCCAACGGACUCGGCCGUGACAUCUGGACCUUGCCAGUGCACAAGAUCUACAAGUUUGGCAGGUUCCUUUACGCUCUCGAGAUGCAAUAUUUUAUCAGUUUGAUGAUGCUGAAAGUUUCGUUGCUCCUCUUUUAUCUACGCAUAUUUCCGGACAGGAAUGUUCGUCGGAUUCUCUGGUCGACAGUGGCCUUUGUUGUUGGCGUCAGCGUCAGCUUCAUUUUCCUUUCUAUGUUUCAGUGCCGGCCAAUCUCCUAUUAUUGGACCGCUUGGGACGGCGAGCACAAGGGCCACUGUAUCAACGGUAAUGCGAUAGCGUGGGCACAUGCUGCCUUCAGUAUCAUCGUGGAUUUCUGGAUGCUGGCCAUCCCCCUCUCGCAGCUUCGGCAUAUCAAGCUGGGCCUGACCAAGAAAGUUGGCGUUGCCAUGAUGUUUUGCGUGGGGACUUUUGUCACCGUUGUCAGCAUCUUGCGCCUGCGCUCCCUAGUCAGCUUUUCAAAGUCCAGUAACCCUACAUGGGAGAAUUCAGAAGUUUCCAACUGGUCGACUAUCGAAGUUUGCGUCGGAAUUAUCUGCACAUGCAUGCCGUCGCUCCGCCUCAUUCUAGCUCGUAUCUCACCAUCUGUAUUUGGCGGCUCAUCUGCGCGCACCUAUGCGAACUACCCAGAAUACGGCCACAACUACGUCGGUCCAAACGUUGAAAGAGGCCACAGCCGAGUGAUCGGCAGUAUCGCCUUGGUCUCUACUGGGCGGUCACACAACAAAGAUCAAAAUACCCUCACAACGGAUACCAUCAACGAUCGUUCGGGGUCUGGCACUAUUCCCAAUAAGUCUAACAGUGCGAAUAAGUCGAGCGCCUCAGAAGACAUACAUGGGAUCACGUAUUCGAAAUCGUAUGCUGUCGAGUAUGGCUCCGAGUACAACGACCAAGCACGGCUUGUUGACAACAAUGCCGCAAGCUCUCACCUAGCUCGCUCAGACACGAUCAAGUCAACAGACCACAAUGGCGUUAAUUGA